UAUAUUAGCAUUUAAAAUGUCUCACUCAAAAUAUUGUUCAAUCCAGUUUCACAGCUCAUGAUGGAGGGGUUUCACUUCUCUCUGGUCUAUAUAUCUUCCAUAGAGGAUGCUGAUUAAAAAUCUGGCUUCAUGACAGUGAACAAUGUUCAAGCCACUUAUGCCAUGAAAAUCAUUAUCAUUUGUUUAUUCUUUUAAACAGUGCCAUUUAAAACAUAUGCUUCAUUGUCAGUCACUAGUAAGAAACAGAUUUAUUCUACUCCAUAAUUACUAGUGAAGAUACUGUCAAAUGCCCUUGAGUUCUACUGAGCAUGCUCACUUAUUUUAGUCCAUUCUCAGCAUUUGAUUCUUUAGCUGUAGCCUCCCUCCCUCUUCAGAGAGCUUAGCAGAAAUAGAACCUGUGUUUAUUCUCCUGCAUACACACUGAAUUGAUGUCAUUUGGUUCUCUGCUCCUGGCUGCCCAGUACAUUUGGAUUCACAGGUAGACAUCCCCAAUUCUUCCUGUUUUCCUCAAAUCCAAAAGACAGAAAUGGACACACUGCUGGGUGUUGGAGCACAGACUUCCUUCCUUUAACAUCUUUCAGCCUUUGGAUAUUUGUGUGGCAUCAUUUUACCCAGAAUCUUCUAAGCAAAGUUACCUGAGGAAAUGGAUACUUCUCCUUCCAAACAAUAUCCAGUGAAAAAACGAGUGAAAAUUCAUCCUAAUACAGUGACAGUGAAAUACACCUCCUAUUAUCCACAACCUGGAGAAGAAGAAUAUGAAGGAACUUGUGAAGAUCAUGACAGUUUCAUAGAAGAUAAUCCAAAGAGAAGGCUGCUCGGUGAUGGUCAUUGGAAAAGAAGGUCCUUUUUUGGAACAAUUGACAUCACUCCUCAGGCCACGCAAAAGCUGGAAGCCAACAAGAAUCAGCCAGGCCAAGGUUUCAUAGAAGGAAGCAUUUUUCAGUCCAGAAAGACUUGGGCUGUGCUUUUUGGAUCUGCUUUGGCCCAUGGUUGUGUAGCCCUGAUAACAAGACUAGCUUCUGACCGUUCCAAAGUACCGUCUCUAGAACUGAUCUUCAUUCGAUCUGUCUUACAAGUGUUUUCUGUCUUAGUUGUGUUCUAUUAUCAAGAGGACCCUUUUGGACCAAAAGGCUACAGAUUGCGACUGUUCUUCUAUGGUGUGUGCAAUGUUAUUUCCAUUACGUGUGCCUACACAUCCUUCUCAAUAGUGCCCCCAAGCAAUGGGACUACCAUGUGGAGAGCUACCACUACAGUCUUCAGUGCCAUUCUGGCCUUUCUACUAGUAGAUGAGCGAAUGGCUUGUGUUGAUGUAAUUACUGUACUGAGCAGUGUUUUGGGUGUUUGUCUGGUUAUGAUCCCUAACAUUGUUGAUGAAGAAAGUUCCCUGCUGAAUAUCUGGAAGGAGGCUUUUGGUUACACAAUGACAGUGAUGGCAGGCUUAACCACAGCUCUCUCCAUGAUAGUAUACAGGUCAAUCAAAGAUAAUGUCAGCAUGUGGACAGCACUGUUUACCUUCGGUUGGACUGGAACACUUUGGGGAGCCUCCACUAUGUUUUUUCUACAGGAGCCUAUUAUUCCACUGAAUGGAGAAAGCUGGAGCUAUCUGAUGGGCAUCUGCCUAUGUUCCACAGUGGCUUUUCUGGGUGUCUAUUAUGCCUUGAGCAAAUUCCAUCCAGCUUUGGUCAGUACAGUACAGCAUCUUGAGAUUGUCAUAGCCAUGGUCCUUCAGCUUCUUGUGUUACGUAUCUUCCCCAGCAUUUAUGAUAUGAUUGGAGGAGCUAUUAUAAUAAUCAGUGUAUUUUUUCUUGCAUAUUAUAAACUGUCUUGGAAGAAAUUAAAAAGGCAAGAUUAUGAAGAGAUACUGGAUUCUUCCAUUAAGUGACUAGCAAGCUGUUAUAUUCUGUUCACUGCCAUGUGCGAUUAAUAUGCAUUUAUGUAUGUCUUUUUUGUACUGUGGUUUUGGCAGCACACUAUCUUUUUUGUUAAAAAUGAGACUUUUUACCAGACUAAAGCUCAGUGAAGAUUCUCCAGAAAUGUCUGUCCUGUAUAUGAAAAAAAAAUUAAUGUACAAGCUGUGAAAAAUAGAUUUUAUUCUUAACUAGUAUAUUGAAGUGCCAAUGUUUAAUAUAAAUGGCUGUCCCAGGAGACAUUUUAAGUAGAUUCUAACUGAAAUAAUGUGAGGUUUGGUACAUAUUAGGUUAGAGACCAGCCUCUGUGUAAAGUAGCAUUUUGCAGUGUUCAAGACUGGAAGGAAAUAACAGCUAAACUGAGUCAUUUACAUUGCAGUCCUAAACAGAGUUAUACCCUUCUAAGUGCAACUCUGCUUAGGACGGUGCUGUUACUUUUUCUAGAACUUGGCAUAAUAUGAAAGUUUUUGUAAAGUAUUUAUGGCUCCUAAGGAUGUCAACUGGUUUGUUUGCCUGCUGUCCUGAACUCUGUGAUACUGCACUGUCUGAUACAUGACCUAACAACCUCAAAACAAAUACCCAGAUUUAGGUUUUGCUGUAGGCAUAAAACUUGAUAGGAUAAGAUUACUGCAGACAGUAAUUCAGCAUCAAGCAAAGACACUGAAGGAAGAGGAUUAUUGAUCAUAAUAAUCAUAUACACUACUUGUUUGCAGUAUGAAAUUGUAUAUAAGAAGUUUAACAUGUAUGAACUUAUAAUAGGUAUAACUCAUCUCUGAUUCAAGUGUAUAGUUUUUAUUUGUUAUUCUUUGGAUUAGACUGUAAAAUUAAAUGUUGUACAGUUGGCAGCACACCAGGAGCACAAAGUCAGUUGCACUAUAGAUGCAUCCACAUCAUUUCUUUCAUGUUAAGCCUUUAUGCUUGCUGAAGCUCUAAUUAAUGCCUGUGAACUAUGUUAACAAUUUA